AUGGAGGGUUUACACGGGAGUUCUAAAGUGAGAGGACUGAACUUAGGAGGGUGGCUGGUUAUUAAAGGUUGGAUCAAGCCUUCACUGUUUGAUGGCAUUGCCAAUGGAGACAUGCUAAAAGCACCUAUCGAUCCUUUCACUAGAGAAAGUUACAAGCCAUCUGCAUCUCAAGGAGUUCCAAUUGGAGGGAUGAGGAGUGGCAGCAUAUCAAGAGGAUUUAGGGGUGAGUUCCGACAAUGGCAAAUUAUUCCUAGCUCAUGUGAAGCAUCACCAGUCAUGGCCAUUCAAUUCUCUUUUAUUGCUGCUUGCAAGAAACCUCCUGUGUUUUGCAUAAUUACUAAAUAUUUGGCUGGUGGUUCACUAGCAAAAUUCCUGCAUCACCAACAACCAGAUAUACUUCCACUCAAACUUGUUCUGAAAUUAGCCCUUGACAUUGCAAGGGGAAUGCAAUAUCUUAAUUCUCAAGGGAUUCUCUAUAGGGACCUCAAAUCAAAGAAUCUCCUUCUGGGGGAAGACAUGUGUGUAAAAGUAGUAGAUUUGUAUAGUUCAUAA